CAUAAGGUAUUAUGGAAGAUAAAAAGAAAAAGGCAUGCUCGUUGGGUUGAAAUUGGGAAACUUGGAGCGAAAGUUGAAGCAGAGGAAGCAUAUAAACACUUAAAACAACACUAUCACCACCUUUGAGAGAAACUAUCCUGAAAUUUGGUUUUAAUUCUUCGAAACAAAUCCCAAAUCGAUUCUUCUUCCUCUUCUUCUUCUCUUUCUCUGUAAUUUCGUAAUAAGUCAUUUCUCUGUUUUCGGCAAAACAACAAAAAAGUGGAAGAGAAUGAUGCUGAACACCAACCCAUAUCCCAAAGCAAAGCACAGAAUAAAGUAACAACAACAACAACCAAAAAGCUUUACAAUCAUCUUCUUCCUCCAUUCCCUUCGAAUCUCUUUUCUUAAAACCCCAUUUGAUCGUAACAACAACGACAACGACGACAACAACAACAACCAAAAGGGUUUCUCCAUGGGUCUCUGCUUCACCAGAACCCGCGACAUUCCAAUCGAUUCCUUCUCCAAUGACUCUGACACCCUAAAUAAUCCCCAAAUCAAACCUCAAUCUCAAAACCCACCAAACCUAAACCUACCCCUACCCGACCGACCCCCACCCCCAACGCCGAAACCGCAACAGAUUCCUUCUUACAAGUCCGUUCCGCCGUCGCAGAUCGGUCCAAUCACCGGCCGUCCUUACAUCAACAUAACCACGCUCUACGAACUCGACAGGGAACUGGGUCGAGGUCAGUUUGGGAUUACAUAUCUCUGUACUGAGAAAACCACGGGUCGUAAAUACGCUUGCAAGACGAUUUCCAGGAGAAAAAUAACGAAUGCGAAGGAUAUUGAAGAAGUUAGAAGGGAGAUUUUGAUUUUGCAACAUUUGACUGGGCAACCCAAUAUUGUGGAGUUUAAAGGGGCUUACGAAGAUAAGAGGAACUUGCAUCUGGUUAUGGAGCUUUGUUCUGGUGGAGAGCUUUUUGAUCGGAUUAUUAAGAAGAAGAGUUACUCGGAAAAAGAAGCGGCGUCGAUUUGUAAGCAGAUUUUGAAUGUGGUUCAUGCUUGUCAUUUUAUGGGGGUUAUGCAUAGAGAUUUAAAGCCUGAGAAUUUCCUGAUGGUUAGUGAAGAAGAGGAUUCGCCAAUUAAGGCUACUGAUUUUGGACUCUCUGUUUUCAUUGAAGAAGGGAAAGUAUACAGAGACGUAGUUGGAAGUGCAUACUAUAUUGCUCCUGAGGUUUUACAGCGACGUUAUGGGAAGGAGAGUGAUGUGUGGAGUGCUGGAAUUAUUCUCUAUAUUCUCUUGUGUGGGGAGCCCCCAUUCUCGGGAAAGACUGAGGACGACAUAUUAAAAGCAGUUCAGAAAGACAGCUUAAAAAUGGAAGAUGCUCCAUGGCCUUCCAUAUCCGAUUCUGCCAAGGAUCUUGUCAGGAGAAUGUUGACGAGGAACCCAAAGAAGCGGAUCACCGCUGCCGAAGCACUUGAACAUCCUUGGUUGAAGAUUGAGGGUGAGGCUUCUACCAAGCCCAUUGAUAGCGCUGUUCUCAUUAGGAUGAGACAGUUCAGAGCAAUGAACAAGUUUAAGCAACUUGCUCUCAAGGUAAUGGCAGAAAACCUUUCUGAAGAAGAAUUGAAGGGUCUGAAACAAAUGUUCACGAACAUUGAUACUGAUGGAAGUGGUACCAUCACAUUUGAUGAACUGAAAACAGGUUUUUCCAGGCUCGGUUCAAGGCUUUCCGAACACGAAAUAAAGCAACUAAUGGAUGCAGCUGAUGUCAACAGAAAUGGAACGAUUGAUUAUGCCGAGUUUAUUACUGCAACAAUGCAUCGACAUAGGCUCGACAAAGAAGAAAACAUAUACAAGGCCUUCCAAUUCUUUGACAAGGAUGGAAGCGGAUUUAUUACAAGAGAUGAGCUCAAACAAGCCAUGAGUCAGUAUGACAUGGGAGAUGAAGAUACAGUAGAUGAAAUUAUCAACGAUGUCGAUAUCGAUGGAGAUGGAAAAAUCAACUACGACGAGUUUGUAAACAUGAUGACAAAAGGAACAAUGGAUUCAAAAGUGAACUAGAACUACAGAUUACAGCUUGUAAAAAGAAAAAAAAAAAAAAGAAAAGUUAAGUUUGUUGUGCAUAGAUAUGAAAUUUAUGGAUGCAAUGCAAGUGUAACUACAUAUAUAUAUAUAUAGAAUACAAAGUGAAUAAUGUACAUUUAUACUAAAGAGGUUUUCCAUUUAGCAAUGUACGAUCCCGUAUUAUUUCUUUUUCA